AUGGCGCAAAAUUCACAACCUACAAAAUCCAGAUGGGGUGUCGGAUCCUUCUUGUCGCAGGCUGUCGCUGGGGUGGAAUCUCGCCUGGACAACAUCCUGAUGGACCAGGAAGAGGCUGCGAAAGCCGAGGGUGCGAAACCACGAGAGGCGGAGAAUGCUGCGCAGUCCCUCAAAUCUCCUGUUGGCUCGAUAUCGCGCAGCUCAUCGACCAUUCGAAGAAACGACCGAUUACAGGAGCGCCUGGCCCGAGCCGUUGUGAAGUCGAACGCUCCCAGUGGGGCUGGCUCUCCGGCAGCUAGCCCGAGACCUAGCGUCGAUGCACGAAAGAGUACGGACAUUUACCCUAUAGGAGCCGAUGGCCCAACAAGUCCCCCAAUUGCAGACACGCCCAGAUCCAGUCAUGACUCGGGGGUAUCAUCAAGACGUUCAAUGGAUGUGCAGUCAGCAGACUCAAUUGCCGUUCGCGAUCUGCAAACACAUUCCCCGAAGCCUAGCCAGGAAUUGUCAGACUUGCAAAGGAGUGAGGUACUAAGUGCUCGUGGGUCUGGGGAUAGCGCCCGAAUCAGUGUGUUGUCAGCGUCGGAUAUCUUGAAAAGGGAUGACCAAGACUCGGCCAUAUCUCAAUUGGAGGCCGAUCACAAAGCAGCCGAGUCACAAUGGCAAGAGGAAGCGCAUGGCUAUAUCGAACGAAUUGAUGCGCUGCAAUCAAAGCUCAAAUAUCUGGCCAAGGAAGCGGCGGAAUCUGCUAAGAACGCAUCCGCAAAAGCAGCGCCAGGCAGUGUCGAGAAGCAAAUGUUGGAAAAGGACGAGAGGAUCGCCUUGCUCCUAGAAGAAGGCCAGAAACUCUCCAAGACGGAGAUGGAUCACCGCACAGUGAUCAAGAAAUUGCGCCAGCAGCUUUUAGAAAAUACGAAAGCGCAUACCGAAACGAAAAGGAAGACAGACAAGUUGCAACGAGACUUGAUCAGCUCCGAAGCUAGAGUCAAACGAGCCGAGGCGGCUGAGAAAAGGGCAAAUGAGUCGCUCUCAUCUCAAACAAAAUCCAACAAGGAUUUGGAAGCAGUGACGAAUGAACGAAAUGCACUCAGCGAGACGGUUCAGGACAUGAAGUCCCAACUGAGUCGAGCUAUUGCACGCGCUGAAGCCGCUGAGACCAAAGCACAGUCCGAUGCUAUGGAGAAAGAAAAUCGCAAAGCAGCAGACCUGGAAGAGGAAUUGGCAAGCAUGAAGAUUGAACGUGAUAUCAGCCAAGAGAAAACGAAGAGAGAGAUCGGCGAUCUCAAGCAACAAAUUGAGCAAGAGAAGGACAAGGCUAGAAUGCUCGAGGCCGAGUUGAAGGGCGAACAAUCGGUGCUAGAGAGCAAGAUGGAGAGUCUUCGUUCCCGUGCAGAAGAGGCUUCGUCAGGGGCCACCGGGGAGACGCACGCCAAGCUCCUGCGGCAGAUUGAAACAUUGCAGACCCAAUAUGCUGUUGCUAGCGAGAAUUGGCAAACAUUGGAAGGCUCCCUGCUUGCUCGACUGACUAAUGUGGAAAAAGAACGCGAUGAAAUGGGACGACGGGAAGGGGAACUGCGAAAGAAGAUCCGCGAAGUGAACCUGAAGUUGAAGAAGACCGAAGAGGAUUUAGAGAACUCGAAAGAGACCGAACAUGAUCUGAAAAGCAAACUGGAAGAGCGCAUGCAGGAGCUGCAAAGGAUGCAGCAAAGGCUCCAGAAAACUGUCGACGACCUCGCUGCCGCACAAAAGGACUUGGUCGACCAGAAGAAGGUCUGGGACACGACAUGGGCGCAGAAACUAGAAGAUGAACGAGCCAAGUGGAGGGAACAAGUAAACUCCCUCCAGCAGCGGCGCGGGACGUCUCCCGUCGCAUCUAGCCGGCGAUCAAGCAAUCUUGAAGCAGCCAUCUCCGGGCUGCCAGACUCUCGACCUACCAGCCGACGGUCAUCCACACUACCCCCCGCCUCGCCAGAGAUUGGCACACCACCGCGACAGAACUCCUAUCCUGCUUCCAUUACCCAGGCCACGCUCUCCCCUCCACACAUCAACACCACUCACCCCCCAUCGAUAAUGGAGGCCCCAUCGAUCACGUUUGAACCGGAUGAAUAUUUCGGCGAGGGCAUACCUGCUACUCCAUCUGCCUAUGGUGGUACACAGGCACCGCCAUCUCGCGGAAUCAAUGAGCUCAUUUCCGAGUCAACCGUCGGUGCAGGUCCAUCCGUCCAGCUCGUUGAGCGCAUGAGUGCCACAGUCCGCCGACUGGAGAGCGAGCGUGCCGGAUCCAAAGAUGAACUGACGCGUGUGACGACCCAGCGCGACGAAGCCCGCCAGCAAGUGGUUGAUCUCAUGCGUGAGCUGGAAGAGAAGAAGGUCUCUGACACUCACGUUGAAGAACUUGAAGCACGACUCGCCCAGGUCGACGCACGGUACCAAACUACGCUCGAGAUGUUAGGCGAGAAGAGCGAGCAGGUCGAAGAGCUGAAGGCCGAUAUUACUGAUCUCAAGAAGAUCUAUCGCGAAUUGGUCGACAGCACCAUGAAAUGA